AACAUUGUUUACAAUCGAUUAAUUGAGAGCAAAUGCGUUCUCUAUUAAGAACCUGACCUGACAUUUAAUGCCAAUAAGAUCUUGAAAGCGAAAACUAAUAUCAUUAUUACCUCCUCCCCUUUAAUUUGUUGCCGUUUAUUUGAAAGUGAGAGCUACUUCGCAAAGUAGGAAGGCCAAACAAAGAUUAGUAGAUACAGUGAAGUGCGUGAAGUUGAAAGUGAAAGUUGAAACAUUUUGCUGCAAACUGUAACAAAUGUAGAUUCGGAAAGUAAAUAACCAAUUUAAGUUGAUUACAAAAGAUUGAAGAUUCAAUUUAGAUUGAAUUAUUUGAAGCCAAUAGAUGUGAAAAUAUUACUUUUUUAUUUUCUUUUUCAUUUGUCACCUGUUUACUAAUCGCGGCAAAAUGAAUCACAAGAAUCAACGAGUUAAAUGAAAAAUGAAAGUGUAACAUCUUAUUAUUUAUUAUUUUAUUAUUUUCUUCCUUUGUCUACACAGAAAUGUUUCUCAAUUAUUAAUUUAACUGUGAUUUCGCUGGACUAUUAGUCUUUCUAGUGUCAAAAGUGCCAUAAGGAAUAGUAAGGAUCUCCAUCUGAAGUCACCCAAUAUUUGCUUUUAACGGUUUUCAUCCAAUCUGUGAUGAUUUUUGGAUUUAUUUUUGUUUUUUUCUGAACAACUUCGAGGUUGGAAUAACCUUUAAUCCUUAUUUGUGAUUUGGAACAAUGUUAUUAUGACGAAGCGAAAAGUUAAUUUGCUAAAAUUUCCAUUAUAUUUAAAUCAACAUCUUGACUAUCAACAAAAUGAUAAAUUUGCAUCUACAAAGGUUGUCAUCGUGUGUUCGUUAUUUGAUGUCACCAACGAAAUUGGGUUUAACAAUUGUUUUGCUUUUCAUGUUCAUUUCAGUUAACAUGAUUUAUUUUUUGGAAACAACAAGUUAUACAGAAGUUGUUAUUACUUCCAAACCAAGUAGUUUAGUCAAAUCUGUUGCUAAUAUGGAAUCAUCUGAAGCAAAAGUUUCACCUUUACAAAAUAGUAACACUUUUUUAUCUAUUAAUAACAGCAAUACUCAUCAAAGUGUCAUCAAUACAAUCAGCUAUAAUGAUAAAAAGAGCAUAAAUAGUGAUUUUUUAUCAGCAACUUCAUCACCUAACCAAAACAAUAACAACGAUUUAAUAAGUAGUGUCCAUCGCUCUUUACGUGUUAAACGGGGUUUAAUACAAUUAGCCUCUAUGAUCAGAUGCGUCUCUGGUUGUGAACCUUUUCAGUACAAAGGUUAUGGUUGUUUCUGUGGUCUCUUUGGAUCAGGAAAACCUGUUGACCCAAUUGACAAAUGUUGUCUUAAACAUGAUCAAUGCUAUGCAAUGGCGCCUUGUCAUCAAUUACUCCUCUAUUUAAUGCCAUACAGUUGGGAUUGUGUUGCUCCGGGUUAUGCUAAUUGUGCUCUAACUGAUUAUGAACAAUCAAAGGAUAAAUGUGGAUUCUCUCUGUGUGAAUGUGACCGAGUCUUUGCUGAAUGUAUUAGUAAAUAUCCAUGUCCAUCAUCUAAAGCCAAGUGUCCAUACAAGCCAAUGGUGUUGACUGUUUAUGGUAAAUGAAAAGUUCUGAACCAAAGUCAGAUUCAUGACGGAUUCAAGUGAAGAUGCUUUUAUGAAAACUCAAAAAUUAUCUUGAAAAUGGCCAUUUCUUCCUCGAUAAUUUAUGUCAAUUAUUACAUUUGUAUACAAUGUUAACCAUAAUUUAAAUAAUCUCUGU